UUUAGUUUCAAAAUGGCGAAUGUUCGUGAUAGCGAUACGUCCUUGUGGCUCCACAAUAAAUUAGGAACUUCUAAUGAUUCUUGGACUGGGGGCUCGAUAUGUUCCCAAUUGAAUGCCGAAGUAUUGAGGAAUAUCAAAGAUUGUUUUCCCGAUUUACAGACACAAGUCAAAUUAAAAUUAUUGCUAAGCUUUUUUCAUGUCCCGCGCAGAAAUGUUGAUGAGUGGAGAAAUGAAUUAGAAGACAUAUUAGAAAUAGCCACACUCGAUUCUGAAUUAUGGGUUGCCAUGUUAGCCGAAACUAUGAAAACUUUUCCAAGCACUGGUUCAUUGAACACGGAAAUUUCGGAGUACGAUGAAACUAGGCCAAUAUUUGCAGAACUUGUAAAUGAAUUAAAAAAAUUAGUGAAUCGACAAACAGAUAUUAAUAAUAUUCUUCCUUUGGAAUGUCAUUAUUUGAACAAGCCUGCCUUGAUCUCAGUGGUUGGUCAACAACAACCGCCUAUCAAACAUUUUACAUUGAGUAAACCAAAAAGUGCAGCAUUACGUGCAGACUAUUACAAAAGUCAGCAGAUGCCGCAAGUUUCUGUUAAAAAAGUUUCUGCUCCCACAGUACCUGUUAGAAGUCGAGGAAUGCCCAGGAAAAUGACUGAUACAACUCCAUUAAAAGGAAUUCCGAGCCGUGUGCCUACUGGUGGUUUCAGAUCACCCCCAACAAACAGUCCGUCUGCUUCAAGACCCCCAAUGGUUAGAAAUGCUGGAAGGAAGGAUGGUGGUAUCAAAUUGUUAGAUAUUACAGAACAGCCUUUAGGUUACGCUGCUGCUAAGAAGAGGAAACGUAUGCAGGAAUUAGAAGAACAAAAGAAAGCAUCAGAAUUGGCAGCUGCUGCACAGGCUGCAGCGAGUGUUGCCGAUAGUACCCCCGAUUAUGCAGCUGGUUUGACAAGUACUGUUGUUUUUACGCAACCAGCAACUACACCAGGAAUGACAGUAAAAGAACCUACUACGCCUUCUUCAUCAAGUUCGAACACGACAUCUUCCACAUCCGGCACAUCAUCUACAGGCAGCUCAACAUCUACCACAACCGACACGUCCACACCUUCCAGUUACAAUCCAAAUGGAACGCCAAACAGAACGCCUUUCACUGGCGAAAGUCCUUUGGCUCAUUCAAAUAUGGGACAGACCCAACAGACUAUAAUUCUCACACCCAGUUCCAUUCGGCCACCGAAUCUAUCAGAGGAUUCUGCCAGUCCGAGCACACCUGUAAAUGAAAUGCGUCAUAAAGUAAUUGUGGCAUCACCGUUGGCAAAAGGCAAGACGCAGACCGUUAUAUUGGCUAAUUCAGGAGUUUUGCAGAAGAAUGUGCUGCUUGGGGUGCAGAAAGGCCAUCAACUUGUUUCCAAUUUACAAACAGGUUUGAAUAAUAGCACGAAUGUUCCUGGUAUAUCUAGCUUGCAAAAUAAUUCAAACCCGCCAGGAUUGACCCCUACGAAUAUGCCGAGAGUUGUUAAAUUACCAAACCAGCAAGCUCAGCCUGCGCAGAGAAAAGGAUUAUCUCUUACGAAGCCACAAAUGUUGGAGGCACAAGAAAUGUUUAGCAAAGCCAACAAAGUUACGAGACCAGAGAAAGCUUUAAUAUUAGGUUUUAUGGCUGGAUCUAGAGAUAAUCCAUGUCCUGAUUUAGGCAAUAUAGUAACAAUCAAGCUCUCUGAAAUUCUGGAAAAUGUACUACAAGAAGACGAUACUUACAAAGCCAUGCUCGUGGAGACACAUUUCCAAAUGAAUUAUGAAAAUGGAGAGUGGGAACGAAUAAAAAAAUAUCGAAGGAUAGACACCAAUGAUGCUAAAGUUGUUCACCAAGGGCAAGGAGAGAGUAUAGCCCUAUAGCCUUUGAGAAAUUCUAAUAGGACAUAACAUUUUUGAUACAUUAAUAUUUGAGAUUUUUUGAUCAUUGUAUUAUGAUAAGAUGCAUUUAGCAGAAAGUCUUGAAUGCGUUUAUGCAAAAAGUAUUGCAUUUGUUUAGUGCUUGUAUGGUCAAUACCAAACUCGAGUGGCUUAAUCAUUUUUCUAAUAAAAUUUCUCUUCACAUAACAAUAUUGUAAAUAAUCAAACUUUGUAAAUCUAUAUUUAUUAUUUAUGCAAACAAUGUACC